UCUCUCCCUUCCAUGGCCUGCAGCGUCCUUCUUCGGCGCCUCCUACAUAUCGCUGCCGCUACAGGAGGCGAAGAGCUCGACGGAGAUCACCCUUCGCCUCAAGACCCACCGCGCCGACUCCCUCCUCCUGCUGGCGGCCGGCACCACCGACUACUGCCUGGUGGUGUUGGAGGGCGGGGCGCUCAGGGUGCGCAUCAACCUAGGCGCCGGGGAGUCGGAGUUGUCGUCGCCGCCCCGCCUGCGCCUCGACGACCUGCUGUGGCACGAGGUGAAGAUCUCGCGCAAGACGGCGGACAUGACCCUCACCAUCGACAACAUCCACACCACCAAAAUCACGCUGCUGGGAAGGUUUCACGAACUCAACAUCCACUACGGCGUCUUCCUCGGCGGCCUCGGAGACUUCACGGAAAUCUUUCUCGGGCUGCUCGACAAUUUCCGGGGCUGUAUGGACCAGGUGACAUACAACGGGAUAGAGGUUCUUCGGGAGGCGCGGGAAGGCGACCCCAAGACCUCGGACGUGUACGGCGUGGAGUGGCAGUGCUCGGAGGAGUUUGACGCAGCACCCACCGCCGCCAUCAGCUUCGUGCAGCCCGGCGCCUACGUGGCCUUCCAGGACUCCUACCCACGCACGGGAGGCUCCAUCAGCAUGCAAAUCAAGACGCAGAGCCAGCACGCCCUUCUGCUGUACAACACGGGGCCGCCCUCAAGGUCUGACUUCAUCGCCUUGGAGGUCAACGAAGGGCGCCUUAGACUCAUCAUCGACAAGGGAAAUGGUGCUGUGAGCCUCAACAGCUCAGUGCCAAUCAAUGACGGCGUCUGGCACUCGGUGGAGGCGCACUUCCAGCCCACGUACAUGGAGCUGAGCGUCGACGACCACAUUGAGGACCAGCCCACGGCCGUCGGGGAGAACAAGUACUUCGACCUGUCCGGCUUCCUCUUCAUCGGCGGGGUCGAAGUCAACAAGAGAGCGAGAGCGGUGAACCAAGGCGCCAGGAACGGGGACAAGAGCUUGGAAGGGUGCAUACAGAACCUAAGGGCAGGGGAGCGACACUUAACGAUCCAGGACGCCAGGGUCACGCAGGGGAUUCAGGCGGAGUGUAAGUGGGCGUACCCGUGCCUGAAGAACCCCUGCGUGGACGGGAGCGUGUGCGUGCAGGAAGGGACGGACGGUUUCAAGUGCGAGUGUGACCUGGCGUUGUGUGUCCGGCAGAACUUCACAACGGCCUAUAAAGUGUUCACGAAGACUACCUUGCCCUUUGAUCUUGAGGUGUUAAGCCUCACGCCCAUGGAGGUGCAGGAGGGGGGCCAGGCGCUCAUCACCUCCGACCACCUGCACCUCGUCCUCGACUACGAAAAGUAUGGUGUGAGGGAGUCGGGUGUCCUGUUUCACGUCAUCACACUCCCCUCACGCGGACACCUGGACGUCAAGCUGUGGCGGAGACCUGAGGACAACACCUUCACCCUGCUCGACCUCAACAACGACGGGGUCUCCUACGUGCACGACGGCUCCGAGACUACUGAAGACUCGGUUGUGCUGGAGCUUGAACUGGUCACGCGGUCCGGGUAUAUUCUGCCUUCCUAUCUGCAGUCCCGCCAUAGGUUCGUGCUGCCAGUUCGAGUCGUGUCCCGGAACGACCCGCCGCGGCUGCAGCUGCCCCCCGGCGAGGUGCUGCGGCUGGCGGCGGGCACCACGCGCACCAUCACGCCGGAGGUGGUCAACGUGCUGGACAGCGACACACCGGCGGACAAACUCAGGAUAACGGUCCUCAACCUGAAGAACCCCGAGAACGGCUACGUGCAGAAUUCCCAGUCCCCCGGCGUCCCCAUCCACACCUUCUCGCUGGAGCAAGUGCAGCUCGGCCUGGUGUCGUACGUGCACCGCGGGCCGCCCAACACCAAGAUCGUGCUGCAGGUGACGGACAGCAUCGAGACCAGCGACCCGGUGAUCCUGCGCGUGGCAGCCUUCGAGCUGCAGGUGUACCUGGUCAACAAGACGGGCCUCAGCAUCACACACGGCGGCUUGGCCCUCAUCACGCCUGCUAACCUCUCCUACACCACCAACGCCCCCGAGCAGGACCUGGAGGUGUUCUUCGAGAUCACGGGUCAGCCUCGCUACGGCUCCGUCCAGCGGCUUCGCGGCCCCGAGCGGUGGGGCGUCGUGACGCAGUUCAGCAGCCGGCAACUCCAGAAGGGCAAGAUCCGCUACAAGCACGUCAGCAAGGAGCCGGAGGAGGACGAGUUCAAGUUUAAGCUUUUCUGCGGCGAGCACAAGUUUCCGACGGAGUACACGUUCACCAUCACCUUCGUCUCCGUCACAGUGGACAUCAUCCGCAACGCAGAGCUCCUGGUCGACAGGGUCCAAGAAAGCUUCAUUUCCGAGGGCUUCCUGCAGAGCGAGACGCGGCCUGACCCGUCGCCAGCCCGGGAAAUCAUGUACAAAAUCAUCUCCCUGCCCCUGUACGGCUCCAUCUUCCUCAGCUCCGGGGACCUGACGCAGCACAAGGAGCUGCAGAAGGGAUCCACCUUCAGUCAAGAGGACGUGGCCACGGGCAGGAUCAAGUACAGGCUGCACCGCAAGAGCUACUCGACGCUGCGGGACUCCUUCCAGUUCCAGGUGUCGAGCAACGCCCGUGCCAGCAACGUUCACACCUUCAACAUCCGCCAUACGCCGCCGCCCGUGGACGCUGACAUCGUGGUAGAGCGACUGGACGUGCAGGAGGGCGGGCGGGAGAAGAUCACCGACAAAAACCUCAAGAUCGAGGUGCAGGACAUCAGGAACAUCGUGUUCAACGUGACGACGCCACCCAAGCACGGCUCCAUCAACGUGAUCGACGAGUCCAUGAUCUUUCCGGAGCGGCUCAACACCAGCUUCAUCACCUCGCACGAGAUCAACGCGGGCUCCGUCUGGUACCAACACGACGACUCAGAGUACAACAAGGAUCGCUUCCAUUUCGUGGCCUUGGCGGAGGACCCCGAGGUGGACUUCCAGUACGUGGGCGUCCUGCACUUCCGUAUCAUCAUGAUCAACGACAACCACCCCAUCAGGAUGAUGGAGAAGGUGCUCAACGUGGUGACCAACAGUGAGCGGGUCGUCACCUCCAACGACCUGCUGUACGUGGACCCUGACAUGGACACGCCCUCGAGCAGCAUCCAGUACACGCGCAGCAAGAUCCCCAACGGUGACUUUUACCACGUGGAGGACCGGUCGGACCCGGUGUACCUGUUCACGCAGGAAGACAUCGACCGGCGGCGCAUCGUGUUCCGCCACGAAGGACCCUCCUACGGCAAGUCCGUCAUCUCGGUGACGGACGGGCAGCUGUCCUCGACGGGCAUCCUGGAGAUUGUGGCGUCCGAGCCCUUCAUCGAAAUCGUCAACAACAGCGGCAUCAUCGUCCCGCGCGGCCAGGACGCCGCCAUCACCAACUACAACCUGAGUGUCGAGACCAACAUGAACGCGUGGGGCGCCGCCAUCCUCUUCCACGUGACCACGCCGCCCCGCUACGGCCGCCUGCUGGGUCCGGCGUCCCUGGAGCCCCGCAACACCUUCACAGAGGCUGACCUGCAGAAUGGCAACCUCAAGUACGUGAACAAGGGCGACCCGAGCUUCAGAGACGAGUUCCGCUUCCAGGCGAGGAUCGGCGACACCACAACCGAGGGGAUCUUCGAGGUGAAGGUGUACCCGGAGAGCUACUGGGAGCCGCUGGUCGUCCUCAAUAACACAACAGCCAAGGUGGAGGAGGGCGCGCGUGUGACGAUCGACCAGGCUGUCUUAAACGUGAUGCACCCCAACAUAGCUCCCUCUGACAUCACCUACGUCAUCGUGCAGCGACCUCAGAAUGGCUACCUCUACAUCGAUCACAGCCCCGCAUCAUCCUCAUCGUCAUCCUCGUCUUCCUCAUCAUCACCCUCCAGCCCCAACUCCUCCUCUUCUUCCAGCGCCACCAGUCCAGAAUAUGAGGAAGAAGCAAGUUCGCUAAAGCCCGAGGUCAGCGUGUUCGACCAGGCGCUCAUCAACCAGGGUCGAGUUCACUACGUCGAGGUCGGCACGAACGUCACCAGCGACCAUUUCGUGUUCGACGUGACAAACGGAAUUUCAAGUCUGUCCCGCCUCGUCUUUACCAUCCAGGUGAUCCCCAAGACGAUCUAUCUGUCGGCGGGGCUGCUGCAGGUGAAGGAAGGCUCGCAGACGACGGUGACGCCCUCCGUGGUCACCGUCCUCACAGACUACUACACCGACAAGAUCCGGCAGUACCUGGUGACGGUGCAGCCGACGGCGGGGCAGCUCGAGCUCUCCAGCAGACGAGGGCGACGCGUGGAGGCCUUCACGCCGCAGCAGCUCAAACAGGGACUCAUCUCGUACGUUCACGACGACUCGGAGCGCCUCCAGGACACGUUCAGUCUGGUGGCCGUGUCAGGUGUGCGUCAGAGCGCCCCCGCCCAGGUGAACGUGCAGGUGAAGAGCAUCAACGACGAGGCGCCCUUCGUCAUCAACAACACCGGCGUGACCUUGUGGGAGGGCAACACCGUCCUCAUCACCAACUCCAACUUAGGUGCGAUGGACCCCGACACACCGCCGGAGAACCUCACCAUCACCGUGGCCACGCCCGACUCCGGCUUCCUGUCCCUCGCCUCCAACCUGAGCCACCCCGUGUCCUCCUUCACCCAGGCGGACGUCAACAACAGGCGCCUCUACUUCACCCACACAGGCGGGCUGUCCGGCAUGUUCAGGUGGGAGGCGAGUGACCAGGUGCACGGGACGGGCUCACACGUGUUCACGGUGACGGCGCGGGAGCUGCACUUGCACCUAAAGCACAACAAGCCGCUGUGGGUGUUCCCGAUGAUGCAGCAGACACUGUCUCCCGACGUGCUGCUGACCCUCACCACGGACCACGACCCGCACCGCUCCGUCAUGUACGUGGUGCGACAGGCGCCCAUGCUCGGCCACCUGCUGCUCGAGGGCCCCGGUGGCGUGCGCGUGCCCGUCGAGAACUUCACGCAGCGCCACGUCAACGAGUCACGCGUCAUCUUCGAGCACACGAGUCCCUUCGCCGAGCUCUCCGCCAGCGACAUGUUUGUGUUUGAUGUGGAGACGCCCUUCGCUGAGCCGCUCAAGGACCUGGAGUUCCAUUUGGAGAUAUCGGUGGCCAGCCCGCGCGGGGGCGGCCUGAAGCGGUACCUGGGCCUGGCGCCGCUUGUAGUGGCCGAGGGCGGACAGGCGACGGUGCGGCCCGAUAACCUUAACUUGUCGGCGGUGCUGGAGUUCAUCGAAGGUUACCCCGCCGCCAACAGCGCCGACCGCCCGCCGCCGCGCCUCAUCACCACUGUCACCAAAGUCCCCACGCACGGCAUCUUCACUCUGCGCAAGAGGAACCUCACCGAGGGCUACACCUUCACGGUGCGGGACAUAGAAAAGGGACGCGUGCGGUACGAACACGACCACAGCGACACUAUGCACGACGCCUUGGGCUUCACCGUGGCCCUGGCCGGCAACGGCUCGUCCCCAGAUGUGCUGCUGUUCAACGGUUCCCUCAACGUGAGCGUGACGCCGGUCAACGACCAACCGUUCACUCUGGUGACAACGCCGCCAGUAAUGAGGGUCGUGCACCGCCAGAAUGCCGUCAUCACCAACCAAAGUCUGCUAACCACGGACCCCGACAACCCACCCAGCGAGAUCGACUACGAACUGAUGAACACGCCAGACCACGGCCGCCUCAUCCUGGCGCACAAUUACACCGUGGCAGUGCAGUCCUUCACGCAGGAGGACAUCAACGAGGGCCGCAUUCUGUACGCCCACGACGGCAGCAACGACUCGGACAGAUUCUACUUCAAGGUGUCGGAUGGCAAGCACGAGCCCAAGUACACUGUGUUCACCAUCGAGAUCCAGCCGCUCACCCUGACGCUGGUCAACCACACGGUGCUGCCGUUGCGCCAGACCACAACCACUACAUACCUCACCCCACACCACCUCGCCGCCCACACUAACGGCAACCCCAAACACAUCUUCUACAACGUCACCAGGCCGCCCAGGUUCGGACACCUCUACAUGAAGGACCAGGUUGUGCACACGUUUGGCCAGGUGAACGUGGACAAGGGCGAGAUCCUGUACAUGCAGCAAGAUAUGGCCGAGCCAGCAGACAACUUCCAGGUGGACAUCUGGACGUGGGAGGCGACGGUGCCCGGUGUGGAGGUCCGGGUGGUGGUCACGCCUCUGGUGGAGUCUAACUCCUUGACGGCCGUGGUGGGCGGCCGCACGCGCCUCACGCUGGAGCACCUGGACGCCUCCCAGUUGGCCACGGCCACCGGCAGCAGCCCCGUGUUCAAGGUGAAGCGGCGGCCGCGCUUCGGCAGAAUCAAGAAGGUGACCCGCCGCGUGCGACGCUCCGGCCGCUCCCACGAGGUGCAGCAGUUCACGCACGAGGAGCUGCGGGCCGGCGUCAUCUACUACGUGGCCAGGAAGCUCAACCUCAAGGCCGAAGAACCGCUGCACGACGCCCUUCACUACGUGCUGCAUGUGCCCGCGCCGGGCGUGCAGCCAGCAGAGGGCACGCUCCGCCUCUCCCUAGUGGAGGCGGGGGCGGUGCUGAAGGAGGGCGCGGAGCCGCCCAGGCACCUGCGACCCGACCUGCCUCCCUCCGUCCGCGGCAGCUCCGAGACGAGCAGCGCGGGAGCCGGUGGUUCUGAUUCGUUCCUUGGCAUCCCUGAAGACUACUUCGUGGUGGUGGUGGCCGGGGCGGUGGCCCUGGCGGCCAUCGUGGCCAUUGUGGUGGUGGCCCGCUUCGCCACGAGGCGGCGGCCCUCGGACAAGCGGAGCGACGUGGGGAUGGACGCCGACGUGGCCUCGCUGCCGCCGCCGCUGCCCUCAGACUCGCGGCCCAACUCCUUCAUGACGGACGACAUGUCGGAGCUGGAGUGCCGCCCCACCGACCUGCCGUCCUCGCCGCGGCCGGGCCGGCACCUCCACCACCAUCACCACAACGGCGGCAGCGGCCUGGGCCUGGCGGCUCACCUCACCGACUCGGACGCCUCGUGGCCGCAUGACAUCUCGCGGGAGGUGUCGCCGGCCGUGCCGCAGUGCAAGGUGACGCCCCUCUGCACCGACACCGCCUCGCGCGACUCACCCUACGACCCCCACCUGGCCGGCUACCCGUACGGCAUGGACACGCAGCAGGCGGAGGAGUGGGGCCUCUACGAGAAGCACCAGCCGCGCACCACUAACCCCAUGCUCAGGAAGAACCAGUACUGGGUAUAGAACCGGCUGAGGUGGGCGGUUACCUCCCCCCCACCACCACCACUGCUGCCACCACCACCAACACCACCCACGUCCCCUCCACGUUCACUACCAUCACACCACCACGCCAAACUGAGGCCCAUCCCGCCAACAGCAGCACCGGCGCCAUCACCGCAGCACCCAUCACCACCACUACCAAGCACACACCCAUCAUCUCGCUCCCCGCCGCCAUCACCACCAUCACCACCACCACUACCGACACCAACCCCGCCACCGUCACCACCACAGCCUCUCCCGGACAUUAUACAGAGCACGACUCUAUGAAAAAAAGACAAAAAAAGAGAAAAAAAAAUAGAAUAACUUUGGAAUAACUUAAAACAUCCUAGCCUGUGACACGAUAGUUAUUCGCCUCUGUGUGUUUGCGCCACAGGUGAAUUUGAACACAUGGAUAAAGGAACAGACAGAUGAGUUCCCGCUAUAAGGGAGUCGCGUUCACAGAAAAUGGGAUCGCGGCUUCCUAAUAAAAAAGAAUCCGUAAGUGCCCUAACAACUCCCUCCCGUCGCCUGUGAGUGUUUUAGUGAGUGAGUGAGAGAGUGAGUGAGUGAGUGAGUGAGUGAGUCAUAUGGGAGAAUUUAUUAGUGCUUGCAGUGAAGAAUCAACAGGAGAAUACAAAGAGGAAAUGAAUGAGUGAAAAUGAGAAGUAUUAUGAAGGAAAUACAAUGAAAUAUAAAACGUGAGAUAAAAUAAAGUUAAAGGGAUAAAAAUAAAUCCACGGUGACUCGUUUGAUACUCGACCUGUAUUGCCAGUGUUGAGUGAAAGUCGCAGAAGUGAGUAAAAACAUGAGUAGACAAAUAAAUGUAAAAAGAAAACCCAGAAAAAUUGAUACAGAGAGAGAAAAUAAGUGGAAGAAACCGUGACUCAAAUAUCGUAAUAAAAAAACACAGAAAACUCGAUACAAAGGAUAACUGGAGAAAAAAAAAGAAUAAAGAAAACUGACGAUAAAGGAGGAGACAAAAAAAAUAAAAAGUAAUACAAAACUCGCUACGAAAGAGAAGAAACAAAAUAAGAAAAGAGAAUAAAGAAAACUGGCUACGAUGGAGGGGACAAAAAAAAUGAAGAGGAAAAGACGAAGCAAGAGAAAAAGAAAGAGAAAGAGAGGAGAAAGAAAGUGGAAAUAAAGGAAGAGAAGAAAAUGCAGAGAACUGACGACGAAAAUGGAGCAAAAAAAAAAUAAUAUAGAAUUCGAAACAAGAGAAAGAGAAAGAGAGAAAAAAAAGAAAAAAAUCGGAACCGUGACACUUAUUUAGAUCCGGUUUAUGUUAGAGAGAGAGAGAGAGAGAGAGAGAGAGAGAGAGAGAGAAUCCCCAAGACUCAUCAUCAUCAUCAUCUGUGCCUGACGAGGACGUUUGCGGCCCUUGGGAAAAAAAGUAUAGGCCUCUUUUUUUCCCUUUUUUUCCCUUAUGCCGUUACAGCGAAAGGGAGUGUGUGUGUGUGUGUGUGUGUGUGUGUGUGUGUGUGUGUGUGUGUGUGUGGAGUGGGAUCAUGCAGGGAGCGUGACUGAAUGAGGUGGAUUUUUAUUUGGGUGGAUGCCAUUUAUCCCCCUCCCCCCCGCAUCACCUCCCCCUCCACCACUCCCGUCCCCUACCCCCUUUCUCCCCUCUCCCCUCCCCCUCCUCCCACCCCCACCACCUCAACACCGCCUCACAAAUUCUUUCUCUAAGGUUAACCUGUUUCUGUACAUAAGUUUUAUUUAAUUAAUGUUUCGGCUCGGGAGUGAAGAAGAAAGCUGAUCCGUUUCUUUCCAGUUAUUAAGGUCCUGAUAAAAAAAAACAUGCGAUUCUCUCUAUUUUUAAGAUUUCUUGUACAUAGCAGACUUUUCUCAAUUUUUAAGGUUUUGCUAUUUUGUAACUAUUAUUUGGUUAAGUUGUUUUUUAAGUGUUUGAGGAGAGACUCGUUUUCUCUUAUACAGUUUUAAGGUUCGUGUCUCGUUUAUUUAUGAGGAUUUGGGAUUGUCGUGAUUCACCUUGACUGUUUGCCGUACAGGUGCUGGUGACCUGCGAGUGGACAGGUCAGGAAAAGUGGCCUAAAUGAUUCAGGGAGGGACGAACUGUGUGUGUGUGUGUGUGUGUGUGUGUGUGUGUCUGUGUGUGUCUUUAAGUAUGUAUGUAUGAUUAACUUAUCUCUGAAUACUAAGAUCGGUCUAAUUUGAUUUCUUUCUUAUUUAAAUUAUCUUAAGUUAUCAAGCAGCAAAAGGAAACGUGUGGAGUUCAAUUAUUUUUUUCUUCUCAUUAUCACACGAGGAAAACAAGUGAAGAAGGACGCGUUAUACCUUUCACGUUCCAUACCUGAGUUUGAACGACACAAAAUCGAAUUAUUUGGACAACACUAACACGAUUUUUGUUCACUCCUUAUACUUUAGGUAACAAAAAAAAACUAUAUAUUUCUACUUUUGCCCCUGAACAUUUGCAGUAUCUUAAGGUUAUUUUUCUAUCAUUAAUCAGUUCUAGCUAUGUAAUGUUAAUCCUACCUGACACGUGUUCCGGCCAGAUACCCUCCUCACCUGCCCCGCCUCACCUGCCCUACCUGUUCCCCCCCUCCCCCCAUUACCUGCAGUACUCAAGGUGUAUACUGUGUGAUGCAACUGAAGGCUAAUGUUUACUAAGUCAUCUUGAGUCAUCCUAACCCUUAAAAAGUUCCCAUAAGUCAACCUGAGUCCUAAUAGUUUGCCCUAAGUUCCCGUCAGUCCGCGUGAGUCCACCUGUCAACCUAAUAAACCCACCCACCUGAGUCCACCCCCAUCACCCUUUGUCAGUCCCCCAUCAUAUUAGCAUUGUGAUUUUCCCCCUAAGUGCAUUAUGUACAGAUAUAUAUACUUAGUUCCGCAUACAGGAAGAGUAAUAUUUAUAAUGAUGAUAACUAAAAAUACUCACGACAUAUAUAAUGGAAAAAUGAUCCCACACACAGUACGUAUAGCCAUGCAUAAUAUACUAAUGAAGAUGGUGAGGGUGAUGAAGAUAGCGAGCACUGGUAAGGAUAGAGGUAAUGGCGGCAAGCCCUGGUGUGAGUGAGGAAGCGUUGCAUAAUGAGGUUUCCUGCUUACGUUUUUUUGCACAAAUGAUACUGUACAUAAAAAUACGGACCAAUCCUAUUUUCAUACCGCAGUUUCAGGUUUGAGUAGCCGCGCAGGGCAGGUAGGACGGAAGCCUUUGUGUGUACCUGUGUUUGGGGUUUAGGUAAGGAUAGGUAAGAAAAGGAAUGGAUUAGGUAAUGGUACUAGGAAGGGAUCAAGCUUAUCUGCCUCAUCUGGGAAAGUUGGAAAGUUUCGUUUAGUCUGCGCAACAUCUGUGGUCAUAUGCUUCUAAUCUGGGAAUCAUCGCUACCUGGAAUAGGGAAAAUUUACCUGUCUGGAAGAAAAGAUAUAUAUGAUUGGAAGGAUAUGAAACUUAUCUGCCUCGCCGGGGGAAAAGAAAAUUCACUUCGUGGAAGAUUAGUUAAGUGUACUAUUAAGGGAUGGAGCUUACUGCCUCACGGUUACCUGGGAAAGAAGAUUCACCUGUAUAGAAGAAUAGGUAAAUAUGAUUGGAAGGAAAUGAAACUUAUCUGCCUCGCCGGGGGGAAAGAAAAUUCACUUGUGUGGAAGAUUAGGUAAAGGGAUAGAGCUUACUGCCUCACGGUUACCUGGGGAAGGAAGAUUCACCUGUAUAGAAGAUUAGGUAAGGAUAAUCGGAAGGAAAUGAACGUAUCUGCCUCAACUGGAAAGAAAACUCACCUGUGCGCAAGAUUAGGUAAAGGUACUAGGAUAAUAUGGAGCUUACCUGCCUCGCCUGGAUAUAGCCGUUACCUGGGAAAACUAUAUUGACCUGCGUUGGUACUAGUAUGGGAAAGAGCUCGCCUGCCUCAAUAGUAUGGGAAUAGUUAUUAUUAGGGGAAAACAAGCUUACCUGCCUCGUCUGGGGAUCGUCAUCACCUGAAAAGAGAAAGAGAAAAGAGUUGUAAUUGGUCCAUCUUGCAUUGUGGUUGAAGAAUUUUAUAUGACCCUCUCCUCAACAACCUGGGCAUCGAUUAAACACCUGCCAAACAUAUAACUAUUCCUUUUUAGCUUCGUCAGUAAAUCUUUGGUUAUAGAAUCUUCAAAACCUGAUUCUCACCAACCUGGAAAUCUAUCACGGUGGCUGUCAAAGUUUUCUAAUUCAUUUUUUACCUGUGUGGAGAAACUUUCCCGAGACAAAAGGUUAAAAACGAAAGCUACUUAUGAGCUCCUCAACUUGUAAUGAUGCCACGUUUUUUCUUUUUUAUGCAAUAGAGAAAAGUUGUAUAAGUGACCGAGAACUUGGAUAACUUUUGUGCAGUUUUAUAAUUGUAGUUUAGUCAUCACGGAGGCUGCGGGGCGUCGAGGGAGCAGAGGUGUGGAAAAGUUGCCUGAGUGGUACAAUGUGUUUGUCAAUUACCUCGGGAGCUCGGAAGUUACCUCAAGCUUCGGGAAGUUAGACGCCGCCUUCUGAAAUUGCUCGGGAAAGUUAAAAACGGAAUUACCUGCGGGUGCUACAAAGGCCCUGAAUGCCUCUACUCGGCCUUGCGGUUUGGGGUGUUACCUGUUGCGUCUUUCACCUCCCUGCUCUGUCUUUCUGCAGGUGUUCAAAAGGUCUGGGAAUGUUUUGAGAACGUUUUUUUUUAGGGGGGAUUACCUUCUCGUGCUCCGACGUUUACCUGAACUUUUUAAAUGACAUAUAUAGACGGUAUUUUAUAAGUUAGUUACCUGAGUAGUUUUUAGUUAUUUCUUGGGUUUUUAUUUUCGUAUUUAUUCAUUCAUUUUUUUUAGGCGGAAAUUACCUCUUAUGUUCCAAAAUUUACCUGCAAUAUUUUGAUAUUAUUUAUAGCGAGUAUUGUAAGUUAGUUACCUCAGUCAUGUUAUCUUAGUCAUUUCUUGCGUUUUGAAGAUACCGGCACAGCUUUGAAUUUGUAUACACAGGUAGUUUGACAAAAUUAGUAGUUCCUGAAGCCGUUUAAUUUUAAAUACAUAAAUCUGUAUCGACAUUAGUGGUUACUGAAAUCAUUUUAAUAUAUACACAGGUGCGGUUUGUCAAAAUUAAUAGUUACCCAAGUCAUCAAAAUUUAUAUACGUAAACAGAGAGUCAAAAAUAUCGUUACCUGAAUCAUUUUAAUUUGUUUUAUAUGCUCCUGGAGGAUUUUAAAAUACCUGAAAGCUCCUACACCUUCACCUUAUGAUCUAGUGAACAUGAGCAGAUUUAUUCACGCACCUUCACCUCCACCUCCUCUUUUUCCUUCUUUUCCACUUUUCCUUUCAUUUUUCCCUUCCUCCUCCUCCUCUUCUCCAUCUUAGACCCUUCAUCUUCCUCCGAGCGCUUUCUUCGCCUCGGUUUUUUUCCAGUUCCUCUUUUUUCCAUCCAAUAACUUCCCGAGCCUUCAAGUGCCUCCUCUUCCCUUCCUGUGCUUCUCCUUACCUUCCUAUUUCUUCCUACCCACUCCCUCUACUUGUCUCCCUCCUUCCCCUUCCCUUCCUGUGCUUCUCCUUACCUUCCUACUUCUUCCUACCCACUCCCUCUACUUGUCUCCCUCCUUCCUCUUCCCUUCCUGUGCUUCUCCUUACCUUCCUACUUCUUCCUACCCAUUCCCUCUACUUGUCUCCCUCCUCCCCCUUCCCUUCCUGUGCUUCUCCUUACCUUCCUACUUCUUCCUACCCACUCCCUCUACUUGUCUCCCUCCUCCCCCUUCCCUUCCUGUGCUUCUCCUUACCUUCCUACUUCUUCCUACCCACUCCCUCUACUUGUCUCCCUCCUCCCCCUUCCCUUCCUGUGCUUCUCCUUACCUUCCUACUUCUUCCUACCCACUCCCUCUACUUGUCUCCCUCCUCUCCCUUCCCUUCGUCUACCUCCUUUCCAGCUUUCACUAUUUUUUUUACUCCCUGUUCCUCCCUUUUUAGAGCCGCUCCUUUCCUCUCCCUUCUCCUUUUUCUCCCUCCUGUGUCUCUUCUUCCUUCCUUACCUCUUUUCCUCCCUCCUUUCUACCUAUAAAGUGCCCCUCCUCACCCCCUCCCCUUCCACCUUUCCUCCAUUCUUUCCUCCCCUCUGUCUUCCCUUGCUCCCUUACCUCUUUUUUUGCCUCCUUUCCUCCGAUUUUACCUUCUUCCCUCCUUCCUUUUCUCCCUUUUUUCCCUCUUAACGGCUCUUUUUCUCUCCUUCCCUCCUUCAUCUCUUUGCUUUCUCCCCUCCUUCCAUCCCUCCUCCUUUACCUCCAUCCUUGGCUUCCUACCUCGUACCUUCCCUCCUUUCCUACCCAAAACCUAAUCUUAGCUCCUUCCCUCCUUCAUAGUCCCUCUCCUUGCUUUCUUACCUCCUUCCUUCCCUUCCUUCGUCCUGCCUAGUGCCUCUUCAUACCUCCUUGCCUCCCUCCUUCCCUCCCUUCGUCCCCAGACCAUCUCCCGGGCAUACAUAAGCGCGGGAGUCAGUAUGCAAAUCUCUCCCUGACAACCAAAAGCAGAAGGGUAAGAAAAAGGGGGAAAAGAGAAGCUACUGGAGGAGGAAAAUGCCCCGCCCGUCCUCUUCAAGCCUCCUCCUCCUCUUCUUCUUCUUCCUCCCCCACCUUCAGGAGCUUGCGAAAAGGGAGGUGAUCAUACGUUUGUUUGUUUUUUGUUUUGUUUUUUGCCUUUUCGGGUUCAUUGUCGUAAAGUUGAUUAUUUUUUUUAUUUGCCGUCUCUCGUGUCCUCAUUAAUAUUUACGUAAGCCGUUUUUAGGCCUUUUUUUUCUUCUCUCUCUCUCUCUCUCUCUCUCUCUCUCUCUCUCUCUCUCUCUCUCUCUCUCUCUCUCUCUCUCUCUCUCUCUCUCUCUCUCUCUCUCUCUCUCUCUCUCUCUCUCUCUCUCUCUCUCUCUCUCUCUCUCUCUCUCUCUCUCUCUCUCUCUCUCUCUCUCUCUCUCUCUCUCUCAAAAAGGUGGAGCGCGGCAGAAAAACAGGUGAAAAGAGUAAAGACAGGAAUUAGUUAGGACCGUUUUUUCUUCUUUUCCUCGGACCAUCGCUUCUCCGCCCCGGCUGUUUCCUUUUUCCUGUAAUGCUGUCACUCGGUCCUGCAACUUUUGUCUUCUCCUUGUUGUUGUGUCAAGUUGCUAAUGCUCCUCUUCCCUCUUUUCUGCUCUCUGGUUUCCCUUUUUAUUCUUUACUCUGUUGUUUUAGUGAUUUUUUUUGUUGUGUGUUUUCUUUAUCUUGUUCUUGUUCUUCUUAUUGUUCUUGUUCUUCUUCUAACUCUUGUUCCUAUUAUUAUUGUUACAUAUAUGCUAGUUAGUCCUGUUUUUUUCUUUUUUCGUCCUUUUUUUCUUCACUGUUGUUGUUUUUCUGUUUUUUUCCACGUUUUCUGCCUUAAGCUUCUCUAUUUCUUCCACCUAUUCCUCGUUCUCCCUCUCCUUCUACUCUUUUCCCUCUUUUUCCUUCUUUUCUUCUUUUUCUCCUCUUUCUUUACCUUACAUAUGCACAGACAGCCUCCUUUUCCUUCUCUUCCUCUUCUUUUUUAGCUGCCUCUUCUUCUUCUUCUUCUUUUUCUUCUUCUUCUUCUUUUAGUUCUUAAUUAAUCUUAUUCAUAUUUUUGUUACAUAUCAUGCUAGUUAUUCAUGUUCCAUCUUCGUUUUUCCUCCUUUCCCAUCUUCAUAUAUAUAUUUUUUUUCUUUUCUUCAACGUUUUCUACUUUAUACCUCUAUAUUUUUUCUUCCUUCUUCACUUCCCCCGCCUUUCUCUUUUCUUUUUCCUUCUUCUUUUCCUUGUCCUUUUUUUUCUCCACCUUCUUCGUUUUCCUCUUCUUCUUCUUAAUCUUCUUCUGCAUCUUCUUCUUCUUGCUCCUUCUCCUCCUCCUUCUCCUCAGCUCCCCAAAUUACUACAGGCUCCUACAGACGGUCUUAAUGCCUUACAUAUAGCGAGUUAAGGCGGGCCCCAAAAAGCCACAGCGUGUAGUCUGAAUUAAAUAUUACUUCAUCAUCAUACUCCCAACCUUUUUACUUCAUAUUUUUCUUCUGCAUUUUUAUUCUUAACCGCAUACUCAUUUUUUAGUCCCAUCUCUUUAUCUUUUACUCUCUGCCUGUUUGCUCUGACUCGCCCUCUAAGAUUUCCACCAGGAGAAGCAGGAUGGGAACCAGGUAAAGCAGGCAGGGAGGUAGAAAAGCAGGUAGGGAGGCAGAGUAAGUGAGGCAGGUCGAGGCAGGCUACAAAGAAAGCGAAAGGAAGACAGGCAGUUAGGUAGGCAGGGAAGAGGCAGGUAAAGAAAAGGCAGGUGAGAUUAAAGGAAAGGUAAAAUGAAUGCAGGUAAGAAAGGCAGGUGAAAGUGAAAGAAAGGUAAGAGGAAGGCAGGUAAAAGGAAAGAGCAAUGAGUGGAUAAAAGAAUGAACAAAGGAAGGGAAAAGGGAAGAAGGAAGGAGGCAGAAGGAAAAGCGAUAGAUGAAUGGAGGAGUGAAGGAAAGGAGGCAGGGAAGGAAGAUGGGAAGAAGAUGGAUAGGAGGAAAAGGAAAGAGGGAAAGGAUAAGGAAAGCGAAAAAAAGGAGGAAGUGGAGAAAAAAACGAAAGGGAGGGAAAGAAAGAAAGGAGGCAGGGAAAGAAGAUGGAAAGGAGGGAUAGGAGGAAAAAGGAAAGAGGGAGGGAAGGAAGGAAAGGAGUGAAGGAAGAGGGAAAGGAUAGGGAAAGCGAAAAAAAAAAGGGAAGAAGGGAAGGAAGGACGGCAAGGAGGGAGGGAAGGAGGAAGGAAAGGAUAGGGAAAGCGAAGAAAAAGGGAAGAAGGAGAGGAAGGAAGGCAAGGAGGGAGGGAAGGAGGAAGGAAAGGAUAGGGAAAGCAAAGAAAAAGGGAAGAAGGAAAUGAAGGAAGGCAAGGAGGGAGGGAAGGAGGAAGGAAAGGAGGAAGCAUGUCUGUACGUGUGAGUUUGGUCUUCCGUCUCAGUUACCUACAGCCGAAAUAUCUCCCCUGUACAGAGAAUACCUACGACAGAUACAUAGAGAUAAAGACUAAGUUAUUUUGCCAUGAAUAAAAAAAAUACACCGUUUGUAAUUGUACAGUUUAGUGCCAAAGAAUUUAUAUAUAUAGUUUUUAAUAAAAUGACAAAUGAU